AUGGGGCAGAGCUGUAACAUCACACACACAGUCACACGUGAUGCAGCGUACGCCGCGGCACUGGCAGGCAUCUGGCACCGCGUAGGAGGGAGCAGAUGCGCGACGGCGGACGAGCUCCCAGAGUUUAAGCCGCCUCCGCUACAUCUGCAUGGUCUCGGACAUCUCGUGGUUCUAUUUGUCAAGGACGAGGAAUUUAAAGAGGACCAUGAGGAGGAGGUGGAGAAAGAUGAGAAGCUCAUGGCUUGCUACCUCGAUGGCUAUAACCUUGAGCUACAGGCCUGA